UCUGAAGAAAAACUUGGCAUGACAUCAAAAUUAGAAUGAUCAUGGCGGGCCGAAGAAUAUCUCGUCAACAUGGGAAGCCUUAAACAAAUAUAUUUUCCACAUUUGUUAAUUUAACUAAUGCGCAGUCUUCAUAAGGUGAUCCAAACGUUUUGGAAUUUUUGCAGUCACAACGCGUUCUGUCGUUCGAAGUCUGAUCAGUAAUGUAGCGAUUCGGGGUCGUUUGAAUGAAAGCUCCGAACAAGUUAAUAGGGUAUUCUCUUCAAUUACAGGUCGCUUCUUCAGCCCGAGAUGGACUUAAAGUGGACGAUAUCUGAGGAGGAAAGAACUCGCCAUGAUGCUUUGUUUUACAGCCAAAAACCUCAAGAUAGAUACCUAUCAGGUGAGCGCAAGGAAUGCCUUGGGCUAAGGUGGUUGUACGCUUUUUCACUCAAUUGUACAAAUAUAUUUGUUAUUGCAGGAGAGCAAGCCAGAUCUUUAUUUAUAAGAUCUAAACUGCCUCUACCGGAGCUGAGCAAAAUAUGGUAAGGAAAAGUUAGAUCUGUAUAAUUUUGGUAUGUUUAGUAUAAUCGAUGUCUGCUUCGAAGGAAUUAAUUUAUCGCGUUCCUUCGCGCUAAAUUUUCCUCCGGGUCACCAAAUGUGUUUAUUAACCACUGCGGUUGUUGGAUCCCCUUUCAAGAUAGGAUGGACUCUAAGCGUUGUUGUGUGUUUCCUGGUAACAGCAAGCAGCGAUAUCGGUGCAAUUGGCAAGCAGAAGUUGUUCUGUGUUUAUUUUUAUGAAUCAACAGAAUACCGUCAACGGUUUGUUUUGAAUACAAUCGUGGUUUUGUUAUUUCUUUCACGGCUACAACUCUAUUGUGUUUUUGUCUGUAACAGCCAGAUUCAACACGCAUCGCCUGGCAUUGUAAUGAUGAAUGUGUUGGAAAAUCUGGUGGCGCAAGCUGUUUUAACUGUUUUUAUCUAAACGAAACAAAAUCAUAAAAAUAAGUGGAGAUAGGUUUGCAUUAUAUACGGGUUAUAGCACUGUUUUUAUAUGCACCAUUUCACGCGACACUGAAGCAUAAAAAUCGUGGGAAAAUUUUUAGAUUUGGUCAGGCAUGAUUUUCUUAAGAGGUUUGCCUACCGCUGAUAUAGAGGAAAAUCUACCGUAACAUCUUUUCAGACGCAGCUUGCAUUGUUAGACGUUUAUGAUGAGUGGUGUAACCCUUAUGUUUUGGCAUUGUAUAAGGCAAUAACACAAACAGUCAGGACUUUUUUUUAACAAAAUGUAAAUCAAAUGUGUAGACCUCAGAUAUGUUAGAGUUUUGUUUACACCUUCUCCAACCACAGGAACACCUUCAUUGCUGGCCACCUCUCUUUCACUACUACCCCUCAAUAUUUACUCAACUACUUUCUAGGAAUGCUAUGCUGCUCCAUACUUUUCUCAGAUCAUUCUUAGUAGAUGUGAUUAGGCAUGCACAGUGGAAGGGGUAUUGAUGCAUGCCAAAGACCUGAAAUACAUCAUGAAGUAAACAUAAAAAUUGCGUAAAACAUUACUGAGAGCAAUGAACUACUGGCAAACUUAGUUGAAGUGAUGGUACUCAAAAAUCAAAAUUGAAAACCAAACAUUUAAAUAGAAAAAGCCAAAAACACACUCUGAAUUGGAUAUGAAACCAAAACACACAAUGCCCCUUGUUCAGUGUCCUAUUUUUGUUUACCUUUUGUUCUGUGGAUCCACUAAUCUUAUAUCAUUUUGUAAGUUUUAAAAUGUCAUACUCUGACUCUGAUGUGAUACCCUAAAUAAAUGUUUAUCAAAAUAUUUUCAUGCAUGGUUUAUUUUCUAUUUUUUUUUUUUUCAACUUGGUUUAUAUUGGGUCUUUCACUUUUUUCCCCUCCACUGAGAGAAAGCUGUGAAAGAGGAAUAGCCAGGAGUUUCAAUUAAAAAAACUCAUCAACCCUUUGCACCCUAACAUCAGCAGACAUAUUCUCCAUGCUGUUCUCUAUACAUUUCCUAAGGUGCCUACAUGGAGAAUUUGUUUAACAAUCAUAAGCUUCUAUCGUUGGUGAUCAUUUCCUUUUUUUCUUGUGACCUUUAUGUGUGACUUGGGGGUGAUAUUGUAAGUAGAAAUUAGAUGCUAGUCACUCUUAGGGGUUAAAUGGUUAAUGGUGGCGUCCUGCCAUCUGUUUAGCAUGGGAACAGGCUCUUGCAUUUGAGUUUUUUCUGCACACUCUCCCUCCCUCCUUGUUACACUAUCAGCAGCCUCGUAUACAAAAUUUUAUUGAAACUUCUGGAUAGUCCUCAUAGUUGAGAUGAAAUAACAGUGAACAAAUUGUGUCAUUCAUUCCAGGUAAAGGUUGUUGCAGAAGUUUUAUUAUUGACAUGAAAUGAAGAAGUUCAUUUUGAACAACAACACAUAUCUGUGGAAAAUUUUGAGUUGUUCUGAUAGAUAGCUGAAUUGUCAGAUGGAUGCCAGUAUCUGAACAACUGCGCACCCACCACUCCCCUAACUCAACGACAGUCAACCGAUAACAAGUUAAGGUUAAUGUUGAGUUAGGGGAGUGGUAGGUGGGCAGUUACUCAGAUAUUGACAUUGAUCUGAAUUGUUUAUUUAUUCUAGGAAACUUGCAGAUGUUUCCCGGAACAACAAGUUAGACAUUGCUGAGUUUGCUGUAGCAAUGCAUCUUAUUCAGAUUCGUUUGAAAGGCACAGAUAUUCCCCUCAAGCUGCCGGAGACCCUAAGUCCAAAGCAUCUACCUUGUAUAAGCAUUCCUUUUAUAUCAGAGGAGGAAAAAGCAGCUUAUGAAAGAGCUUUCAGGUGGAAAAAUGGCCAUAAGACAGGUUAUAUUGAUGGUAAGACAUGUUAAGACAAUAACUAAUUUUGUAAUUUUCAGUUGAUAUUUCUGUCUUGUCACUCACCCUCAGUUAAGCCUCGAAACUAGAAUCAUCAGUGAGAAUCAACUCACACUUUUUCCUUGUCCCACAAUGAGGAUGCUUGAAUCUAAGUAUUUCAUACAAUUCUCAGUUUCCUAUUGUACUCAGGAAAACAAAAUCAGAGAGUUCCCAAUUGGAAUAAGAACUUAUGCCCAUCUCAUGAGUACUUUUGACGCAUUACCACUGAGAUGCAAGAGACUUGUGAUAGCAAAUCCAUCUCUGUCAUUUUCUUUCUUACUGAUUUAGUAUUAUGCUUAGAUGGUAGCAAAGGGGGUUCUGAUCCCAUUUUACAGACAAAUUUUUGAAAAAUUAAGGUGUCAUGGGUACCUCAAACAGUAUUUCAAAUGUUACCAAUUUGAAUGGAAAAACUUCACAUCUCACCUUACCUCCCCUUUCUGUAAAAUUGAUGUGUUGCAUGUUAAUUUUGGCUUAAUUAUUUGUCAUAUUUUAACUCUUCACCAUCCUCUCCUUGAGGAGCAAUCACGGCUCAGGACAAAAAUAUAAUUUCCCAUUUUCAAAGGCCAAGAUAUACCAUCUGGGUAAUAGGGGUAUUUGGGAGGAUCUUCAAUUUGUCACAAGGCUUUGGUUUAGUGACCUUUUCAAACUGGUUGACAGAUUUGUGCGCAUUCGGAGUUUGAUACUGCAUAUUCUUCCUGCAAGCAAAAGUUACUAUUUUACAGUGGCAAUAGCUUAAUAAUCAACAGUUAUAUUGUUACUCUUUGGAUUUAGGAAUGAAUCCUAAUUUUACUGAUGGUAAUGUUAUGGUUACAAUAGUGAGAAUGAAUUAUAGUGAGAAAUUUUAUCUCUGGAAUCCCUUAGAUUUGAUGAACAUGUCGAAGUUUUUGCUUUUUUGAAGAAUAAACUUUCUCCAACUUUCUGGUUUCUGAUGUAAUAAUUUAUCUGAUCUACCACUGGGAGUUAAUAAUAUUUUCUUAAAUUGCAGCUGAAACUGCUUGUUCUAUUCUUAUUGGAUCAGGCCUUCUUGAGGACAUUUUAGCAAGAAUUUGGUCAGUUUAUUAGACUAAUAACUUCUUGUUUGUUACAAAUUUUGGAAAUGUUUUCAUGAAACAUAUUUUUUAGAUGAAGGGAAGGGAAUUGUUGAUCAAUUUUGGCUAGAAAAUUGCUAGUGAUUGCCUUUAACCCCUUGAAGGCUAAGAGUGACCAGCAUCUAAUUUCUCCUCACAGAAAAACUGCUGAGUCAUUCAUAAAGAUCAUGAGAAUAGGGAAAUGAUUGCCAACGCAGGAAUUUUUUAUUACUAGACAUAUUCUCCUAGUCAGUACAAAAUUACAAUAGAGAGGAGUACAGAGAAUAUACUUGAUAGUGAUGUUUGUUUGUAAAAGGUUAAUUGAUAAAUCAAACCAAUUUAACCCUUUAACUCCUGUGAAUGACCAAGACAGAAUUUCUCCAUACUAUAUCAAUACAAUAUCAUGCAGACAGGUGAUGCGAAUAAAGAAAAAUAUCAAUUAGGGGAUUACUAAUUGAUACAAUACCAAAUUCUCCAAAUUUACAUGAUCAGACACAUUUUGCAGACAGUAAGGAGAAUUACUAAUGAAAUCAUGGGAGUUAAAGGGCUAAGAUACACAGUCUUAAUAAUGAAAUCCCUUCUACUCUAGCAGACCAGAAAAUCUCACAUUGACAAUAAGACCAAUUGCAGGCCUGAAUUAAUUUGAUUUUGACAUCUAAAUUGAGUAUCUACUAAUGAUAAUUGUCACUAAUAAAUUUAUCCAUUUCCCCAGGGAUUUGUCUGACAUUGAUAGAGAUGGAAAACUCUCUCUUGAAGAAUUUCUGAUAGCUGUGCAUAUAACACGAUUCUGCAAGCAAGGUACAAACAAUUUUCAUUUACUAUCAUGAACAAAACAUGUAUACACUGAUAAGGAAAUAGUAUAGUUGUCAUUUAUCCUUUCUGGGUAACUGUGUACCUACCCCUCCCCUCACUCAACAGCAGUUGACUGAUAACAAGUCAGGGUUAAUGUUAGGGGAGGGGUAGGUGGAUAGUUGGUCUGAUAUUCACAUUGAUCCAUCAGAUAGCAUGAUUAACUCUUUAGCUCCCAAGAUCUGAUUGUUGAUUCUCCCUUCCAGCUGCUACAACUUUCCUGUAAAUUAGUUAAGAGAAUUUUGUGGUAUGUCAAGGUAACAACUUGUGCCUGAUACGUUUGAUGAUUCUCAUUACCUGUUUGCUGAGUAACACAUGGAUAUUAUAGGGAGAGGUUACAUGUUAAACACUUACAGGAGUUAAAGGGUUAUUAACAGUUGUUCCUAAGUUCAAACCUUUUACUUCGUGAUAGAAGUUAAUGAAAAGUAGGUUUGUAUUGGAAAAUAACCACUGUAACUGUUCGUCUAUUUCUGUAGGUAACUCCAUUGAGGGGAACGUAAAUGUAAGAUCAAUUCUAUCAGAACAGGUAAAUAAAUGGUGUAGUACUUUUCAUUGUUGAUUUUUCUGGUUAAAGUGGAAAAACUUAUAACUGGCUUUAAACCCAUCAAUUGUUGAUUGACUUUUUAUUAUUUUUCUUUUGCGCAGCUGACAGAGGAGUGUUAUGACAGCAAGAGACUACGGUUAGUUGGCAUUUUUAUGGUUUGAAAUCUUAGAUAAAAGCAACCCAGAAAACUAAGUGGCUAUUUGACGCAUUUGGUAAUACCCCUUUGCACGGACAUGUUUUUUCUCAGAGGCUUAUUUUCUCUUGCAAAAUCAACGUAUUUACGUUGCAAUUCGUGGAGCACCAACUUGUUCUUUAGAUAAGCCAUUGUCGUUUUUUUUUCUGAAGAUCACUUUAAAAGGGCAAUAGCAGCCUAAAUGAAAUACAAGAGCUUUCCGCAGAGCUACUUGUGUUUAUUAACGAUGUAUGGUAUUGUUGUGCAGAGCUUCUACAGCUCUCACUAAGCCACUUAGAGAUUGAGGUUUUUACGCAGGAAACUUAAGAUAGAUAUUUUAAGCAGGAAAUAAUUAUCUGUGGUCAAUUAACCGUCACCUUUGCUUUUCCUUGUCGCAGACUGGCCGAAGUCCAAACUGAAAAAAGGAAGCUCCUUUCAGUAAAGGUAUGAACGUACGUAUUGCUCUCUUUCCCAAGAUCGAAAUAUCAUUUUGCUACACAGUUCCUCUUAUAUUUCUCAUAAUUUUUUAGCGCUGAGAAUUUGGCUAAGAAUCUUUUGUGCCAGAACCCUCGCGGACGUUGCUUUCAUCACUCGUCGACUCGAAACGCGCAGGCCUUGCCCCUAGUUUUGCAGCGCUUAUAAGAGGCUGCCUGCAGGUUUAGCUUCAGAGAGCAUUAUAAGUUCAUAUGUGGCAAGCGUCCUGCAAAGUUCUGGUGUUAGCUUUGUGAAAAGCAUCAUGUGUAAGGACAGUUUUUGUCAAUUAUGUUAGGUUUCCUCGCUACGUCUUUUAUUUCGUUUUCAUUUAACGCCAUAUCGUUUCUGCUUUAGGAAAAACUGUGCCACGAAAUAGCCGGUGACUUAGAAGAAGAGGUGAUGGCCCAGAAGAUACAAGACGAACUGGAUCAAGUUGAAAGACGAGUUUACGUUUUGGAAAAGGAGGAAAAUGAGCUGAGACGGGUCAGACUUUAUUUCAGUUGUUUCUUUUUCUUAUCGAUCACUGAGUAGUCUUGGACGUUCAGGUUUUAAACUUCCCUCAGUCUUCUUUGAUUUUCAGAUUUCGUUUUUCGGUAUUGUUUGUUUAUAGUUAGUCUUGAUACCCUAGUUUAUCUCUUGUUGUCGUAGAGAGUGUUUUCAAUUAGAAGUGUUGAAAAUGGGGCUAGGGACUUGUUUGUGUCCCAUGGUUGUCGCAUGCAGCGUUAAUUUCCCGCCAUUCAUAAUUCUCCGCAUCCGUCACACUACCGGUGGGUCAUCGCCAUGUGCAGUUUAUAGUUGAUCCCACGGUAAUCACGCGAUAGUCUGUCAGGUGAUUGCAAACUCUAACUGAAAAAGAAUUGUUGAAAGGUAUUUACUGUCGUGUAUUGCGACUCUAUACAGUGCGAACUUGGUCACUGCACGUUGGUUGCGAUGCCGAAUGUCGACGACAAAGAUCAUCUUUCUAAACAACAGGUUUAAUGGAUAUUACAAGGACGCUGCGCGUGCACUGAACAUCCCCAUGCUUUGAAAAGACUGGCGAUUGUUUUAUCUCAUAGGAGACAGGAUAUUAUUAGUUUACAAACUUUUAGUAUGUGGACAUCUUGGUGAGAGGACUCUAUUGGAGAUAUUCUUGCACCUUUUAAAUGACGACGAAUAGAAUCUUUUUAAACAACAGAUUUAAUGGACAUUACAAUGACGCUGCGCGUGCACUGAACAUCCCCAUGCUUUGAAAAGACGGGCGAUUGUUUUAUUUGAUAGGAGACAGAAUAUUAGUUGUUUAUAAACUUUUAGUUUGUGGACAUCUUGGUGAGAGGACACCAUUGGAGAUAUUCCUGCACCUUUUAAAUGAGCCAAGUUUCUCUACCCACAGAAAGUUAUAGAGAUAUUCCGCUGUCGGCGUAGACUGUUUCGUUUUAAAAAAGAAACUUAACGUAUAUAGUUUGCCGACUUAGAUGGACAAACGCUAAAGAGGUAGGAAAAAUUCUACGUUUUGCAAAAUCCAAGAAUGUUUUGAGGAGGAAAACUUGGGAACAAACAACUUACCGUAUCGGUUGGGAGGAGAAAAUUAAUUUGAUAUGCACCCAAAAACUAAACUCUAUUGUUUAAAAACAUGUUUAUUUUGUUUUGUUUUGUUUUGUUUUUUCACAUGAUUCACGCACAAUUUUUAUUUUCUUUUUCUCCAAGUCACUCUUGUUGUUUUGAUCCGACAGUUUGUCUACCCAUCUCCGUACAUGCCUUGACAUAUUCUACCAGCCAACUGCAACAAAUUGAUAAACUUGUUUUAGUGAGCGACUGUGGGAUUGAUAGUGAACUUGAAGUGUAUGAAAGACUGCAUGUAAUCGUUUUUGAUCCGUCUAGCUUUCAACCCGCGGUUGUGAAAAACUUGCAACUUCCCUUUAUUUCGAUACGUCAUCCCAAAACAGGUGGUGAGAAAAUCUAAACGUAUCAGCUGUAGGGUGUUAUCUUACAGCACUAAAUUAUCUUAACUAAACUACAAAUAACUGUUCAACAACAUGAGGGAAGAAAUAAUAAUCAGAUAUCGGUAGUGAUAAAGCUAAGCUCGUUUCUGCACAUUAUGAGUUAUGACAGUCUUAACGAUCGCUGUUUAGGAUUCAAAAUGAGCAAAAAUAACAACAAAAGAGUCUCCCACGUUGUCUUUUUUUUUUUUUUUUUUUUUUUCCGGUGGGCCGUCUUGGGACAGAUUUAAUGAAUUUUCGAUGACAGGUCAGAGCGAUGGCUAAUCUGUUAAUACCUUGUAAGUUAUUAAGAAACAGCAAGUUUCUAAUAAUUUGCAUGAAUCCAUUAUACUUACGAGCUGAAAUGGAGUUGUUGUGAGCCCUUGAAAAUACUAGAACAUGCUCUUUUUAAUCGGAAGUUUUGUUUUUUUCGGUCUGUUUGAAGUUGAGUAUUGUUUACAUUCUCUCUCCAUGUAGUGAGCAACGCUUGAGUGCCGAAGCGUACCUGACAACAUACCACAUUAGCAUCUCUCUGAGCGCACACUAAUUUGCAUUUUCCUGCAGGCGCUGCAAAAACUCAAAGACAAAUCGAAGCGAGAGAGCUUUAAGCCGUUUGACCGAAGUUUUCUGCUCAAACGUCAACCAACUGGUGAAGAUAUUUUCCGUGGGGCCUACAAGAAUCAUAGAGUACCUGUUGGAGGCAGAGAAAAUGAAGAAAUACUAACUCUGUGGAGAGAAGAUGGCGACUUGAAAGGUAAGACCUCUUUUGUAAUUUAUUUGCGUGACUGUCAAGUAAAAACUAUUUUUCUUAAUCCCUCUAAUUAUAAGUUUCCCAAUUUAAAAAUCUCUGUAGUCGUCGAAAUGUUAAAAAAAUCAUUUGGUUAUGCGAUUUUAAAAUCUUGAAAGAGUCGAUCGAUUUAGUAAACACAUACGGGUAGCCAUUUUGACGAAGUUCUAUUCGUUAAUUAGCUGUAUUUAAAAGCAUAACUUUCCACAGCCAUAGAAGUACUCUUCCUGAUUGUAACUUCGAAAGUCUUAAAAAUAUUAAUUUUAGCACUGCGCGUUCGUGAAAGCGAAAAGCAAAGGUUUACCCUAAGAACAAGCACGUCUGUAUUUUGUAACGCAUAUUUGCGGUUUUAUAUAUGUACUUUGAGUAAUUAGAACCUCGUCUUUGCAAAACAGAAAUGUCGUUUUCCAUUUUUCAUCAUUUUUUACACAAUUUCAAAUCGAAACGAAAUCAUUGAAAACCGAAAUAUGACACUCGCUUUCUAGUAAAUGUAUUUCCAAAAUUUCCCCCAAAUUGCUAGAAUAAUCCAUUAACCUACUUUUGUGACAUGUUCAGUCACCAUUAAAUAGAGUACACUUCACGCCGUUGUAAUCCACCUAUCUUUGUUUGUAAACUUCUGGAAAUUUCCGAAUUUCCGAUAAUUUUCAGGAAAAUGGAAGUUUUUUAAUGUUCCGAAUUUUUUCUCGGUAGUAUAUCUGUUUCUCGUUAUUUCCCAUUAUUAUUUAAAGUUAGUUCGGUUGCUAAAAUCACUUUAAAUUUUCUUCAAAUAUUCAUUUUGUUGACCUGUGUUCUCUCAAAGGGAGUUUCAAAAUAUUAGGAUUAUCACUUUACUCCAGAAUAGUUUAUUUGAUUGUGUCAAUUCAGGUGCAAGAAUAAAUUUGAAACUUUGAGUCAGUGUAAAAUCCAUUCAAUUGGAAAAAUUGCUUGUAUACACUGCGAAUAGCGAAUCGAUCUUACCAAUUUAUUGUCCGGUAGAAAUCUGUCAACUACUUUCAGGUGUUUAUAUAUUUAAGUUAUGAUGAGCAAUGGAAACCAAAUGCGUUAAUAUGAAUAUUUUGACGGGGUAUUUUACAAGCGAAUGUUGCAAUGUAUAAAAGGCGCUCGAUUUGACUCGAGGUAAUUUGUAACGAUGGCAGAGAAUUUAUGCAAAUUAAUCUGGAUCGAGUUCGGUUUUGUUGUUAUUGAUUUGUUCUCUUGAAUACUUUUCUUUUCGUCGUGGUUCAUCUAAGCUUGGCGUUUGGGCACGAAUUUAAUUAAAUAGAAUGUGUUCGUCUUUGUCGUAUUACUUAUCGUUAAAAUAAGUAAGAAUAAUCCUUUUGUGGUUUUUUUAAAAACGGAGGGGCUUGUUGUGGUUUUUUGACACGCUCACGUUCGCAUGAGGAACAAUGUCAAGGGCCCUUCCAACUUUGUAUUUGCCUCGCGCGCGCUAGUGAAUCGGUGUAUCGCUUCGGCCCCGCUAAUCCGCCUGUUCUGCAGGUUAAACUUGCUAGGGAAGCCGAAUCCGAAGUUUUAACAUAUGUUUUCGGUUUUUCAAAGGGGGAAAAUGCUAUCCACUCGCUAAAUCUCUGUUCGGAGGAUAGUGCAGUACGUUUUGUUAACUCUUAUCUGCUGGAUAGCGAUAUAUUCGUGAUGAGAAAAGUGAUGAGAACAAAGCGAAAUAGAAAUUAGCGGAUUAGAUCAGUGUAGUUGAUCCAAUAUCAAAUUCUCUGAAGUAACAUCAUAAGAAUUGUGCAGCAGACAGUAAGGAGAAUUACUCAUGAGAGAGGCAUGAUUUUUCUCCGUAGCCUGUAUCUGCGUGACAAUGUUGCAUUACAAUUUUCCCCCCUUAAAUAGUCUGUGAGCAACUUUUUGUUUUUUUUGUUAUGUCAACAGAUUUUGGUGCCACAAUAUCAGAAGAACCCUCAAUACCUACGUCACCCACGAAUAUCCAUCAGGAUCAGUCUGGGAGAACUGUGAUCGAGUUGAGCGAAAACCACCAGCCUUGGAGCCCUGAUUCCUCCAAAGCAUCUCUUGAAUCGACGUCUCCAGCCAUCAACGGUUUCGAAAGUAACGUAGAUGCGGAGAGAUUGCACUCUGUUUACUCCAAUAACAACGAAAACGAAGAUAGCAAGAAUAAAACCGACCUUGAGGCGAGAAACGAAGAGAGGGCAGAGGAAGGUGAUAAAACAGUGGAAAAGAAAGGUCUUUCACAUGUUGACAAGGUAAGUAAACUUUACUGUGGGUAGAGUAAAAUAGUUGAAACCAAUGCAAGUAGCCAGUUUAUUUCUGUUUUGUUUUGACGCGCGAAGAAUUUCACUCUUUCGCCAUGUCACUUUUUGCUGCAAUUUAUCAGAGUUCCCACAGAAUUCGGCAAUGUAAAGGAUAUUUGGAAAGACUUUCAGCUUGUAGGAGGUUUAACAAAUAGGCAAUAUCGCUGCUUGCGGGUUGAUGUAAACCAUGCCAUCGUUGACGUCCGUACACGCGUUAGCUUGCGUCUCAUAUAUUGCAUUGCAAGUUUGAUACGAAUUUCACAAUCAUCCCAUUGCGGUUCAGAGUUCCAGAAAGGCUAAUUAUGAUAAAUGAAUUAAGGGGGUAAGUUUCUAGAGAAACUGUGGUGCUGCGUCGCUGGGGGUUCUUAAAGGGAAGUUUGGUUUUAUCAACUGACUUGAUGAUAUAAUGAGAACACCGUUUAGAGUUUCUAAAUCUGUCGUUUCGAGCGUUAGCCCUCAGUCAGAACGAUUCACGAAGGGUUAAGCGCUAAAUAUAAUAAAGGAUGUUUAUAUCGAGUUCCUCAAUACUAUUAUUGCGUUCUACGUAAAAACAAGACAUGUACAAUUAAGUGCUCUUCUGUAUUUUUACAUUUUAUCUAAUAUCCUUCGCACACGGUCGAUUUAUAUGUAUUCGAUAAGGAUUUUGUCAUGAGUCGUUUUAAGCCACUUUGAACCCGCUUAACUUUUUCUUUCCGUAUGAAACUGAAAAAAUAAAACUGAUUGGUAUACUCUUUUUCUUGCGUGAGAACAAUGAACACACACCACGAUUGCUGGAUGCGGCUAUUUUGAUAAAUGUCAACAAAGCUGAUAUUGGCAUAGCAAUUGCUGAGAAUCUAUUUGUGAAAAGAGAGUUAAUCUGCAUUGACAGAUUUCGUUCUCGAGAGUCAGUCAGGUAUCAAAUUUGAUAGAAGUCAAGAGCGAGAGCGAUCGGUGUAAGUUUUUGCGAUAUUUAUUACCACAACUCGGUGGUUUCAUAGUAAUAGAACUAAAAGAAGUCAGUUAUCAAGGGUUGACUUCUUGAUUUGUGGGGAAAGAUGCGAUAAAAAGCGAACUCUUCAGGCUCCCGGAAACGAAGUUCAUGAGUACCUCCUUACGUUCGCAGUCAGCCAGAGUCAUCGACACAAGGUGUCUUCGCGGCCAAUCAGAAACAUCUUUACUAAGUUCUUAGAUAGCAAAUAAGAAUGAUCCAUAGAAGUUGCAUGCUUUUUCUUGAGGACUAAAUUGGCUACAGUUCUCUCAAAACUACAGCGCGUUUAACCCUUUAACUCCCAGAAGUGAUUAACAUGUAAAUUCUCCCUAUAAUAUCCAUACAUUAUCCAGCAAACAGGUAGUGGGAAUACUCAAACUUAUCAGGUACAAGAUAUUAUCUUGAUUGAACACCAAAUUCUCGUAACCAAUUUACAAGGAAAUGUGUAGCAGCUAGAGGUGAGAAUUAACAAUCAGAUAUUGGGAGUUAAAGGGUUAAGAAACCAAAUUUAAGACCGCAUCAAGUCAGUGUAAAUCUAAUGGCGUCCUAUCGCAAAUCGGAUAAGCUAUGCUAUUUGCUAUUUAUUCCAUGAUAGACUCUGAGUAAAGUGGGUUGCUUAUGCGCUUAUCUUGUUGUUAAGCAAUAAAAAUUUCGAGUUCAUAUUCCAACUGUUUAAAAAUUCUUUAGCCUCACAUUAUUACUUCUCUUCAAAGGACAAACAGGAGAACUUGAUAAUCAGCGACUCGUCACCAAGCAAUCUACAGCCCACUGUAAACGGUGGCAACGCCUCAGAAUUAACACAACAACAAGAAUUACACUCGAGCACCAUUGCAGACAGCAGUAGUGAGAAAAACACAAUGAAUGAAAACAGAACAGACGAUGAAAAGACAGGGGCGUUAAGGAUGGCAACACAAAAUGGCAUUUGUACAACGGACAAUGAAAAAGAGGCAUUAAAGUACGAUGCUGGAGCGUUAAAAAGCAAACCAGCAACACAAGGUUCUUUUCAAGCCCCUUUAGAGGAAAUGAUUGAUGUUGUCACAGCACCUUCAGCUGAGUCGUCGGCCGCAUCUAGAAUGGAUGGUUUGCUUUUAAGGCUGGAAGAGGACGAUGGAAACCUAAUCAGGUACAAUCCUUGGUAGUCACUCUAUUUUUAGUGAAACGUGCAAUGGAGCUAAGGACGCUCGAGAAAUUACGUAUUAGUCAUUGCUGAAAGUGAAAGGGUGAAAGAAACUAAAUCGCAAAGUAGCUGUUUUAAGAUUUUACGAGACCAUGUAAGGUGGGCGGGGCGGGGGUAGGCGGGGACAACUGCUCAAGUUAUAAAUACUGAUGUUUCAUGGAUGUUUUUUUCUUUUCAGAAACGAGAAAGAUAUUCAAAUGAGUAACGGAGAAGGAACUUCGCCGCGUAGUUUGACGCAAGAUGAACUUAUUCCCUACGUUAUGGAAGAGAAAAAGAGAAAAGAUGAAGAAAGAGCUAAACAGAGAGAGAUAGAUAAUGAAAUGCGUAGGAAAGCUCGUGAAGAGCUCGAUAAACAGAAGGAGGAGAACAAAAAGAUGGCAGAGCAAAGAAAGGCAAAGUUUGAGGAAGAGAGACAGAGACUUGAAAAGCAAACUGCAUUGGCGCAAGAAAAACAGGAACCGAAGAAAGCUCCCCUGUCAAGAACAGAAGCAGGGAGAAUGAUCGAGGAAGAGCUGGAACAGCAAAGAGUACGCGAGGAGUUGAUGCGGAUAGAAAACGAAAAAAUUAAGGAAAAAGAAAGGCUUGAGGUAGAAAAGCAGAAAUCGAAGCAUGCCAAAAAGGAAGAGCAUCCUUUGGCUUUUCACAACAAGGAUCUCGUGCAAAAACCAAUAUUCGAUGAAAGAAAGGAUGUAAUCGAUGGCAGUGAUACACAAGGGCUAAGGAUCUCGUCCAAACGCGGUAGUGUCAUUGAUUUGAGUGCAGGCGAUGACAUUGUUCAUAAUGAGGUUAAGAAACGACCACUUGAGAAUAGACCUUCUCAGGAAUUGUUGCAAACACAGCGCCAGCCACAAGCGCAGUCUCAACCCCAACCACAGCCGGUUGUUCGCAGGGCUAAGGAAAACGGAAAGGUGACGACGACGCGAAAGGCUGAAAAUCGUAAGAGUUUUGUUGAGUUAGACAUAGAGCGGCAGAAGGAGAGAGAAGAAGAACUUCGGAGAGAAGCAGAAAUUGCCCGUAAAAUUCAUUUAAAGAAGCAGAUGGAAGGUGGCAGUAAGGAUGUUGAAGUGUUGCGCGAGGAAGUCGCGAAAACGAAAGAGUAUCACCCCGAGUCUAACGGAGUCGAUGGAAAAACGACCUCAACGAAGAAACAGACGGAGAUAGAGGCAGUUGUUCAGCAAACGAACACACAAAUUAUUGAGUCGCCUCCAGUCGACCAGGUUGAUGCUAAACAAGCAGCCGAAAAUGGGACAGAGAUGGGAGAAACGCAACGAAACGUGGAAGAAGAGGAAAAACGACGGAAACGCGAGGAAGAGAAGGAACUUUUUCGGCAGAUGCAGGAGCAAGAAAAGAAAAGGCGAGAAGCACAAAAAGCUGAUCUUGAAAGGAUAAGGAAAGAGGUCGACCGCAAAGAAGCUGAGGAGAUGAUGCGUGUGAAGCUAGAAAAAGAAGAAGAGAAGAAAAAGCAGCGUGAAGAAGAACGUAGAAAAGCCGAAGAACGCCAGAAAGACAAAAUGGAAAGACAAAAAUUGCAGGAAAAUCAAUCAGAAACCAGAAGGACGGCGUUUGCUGCGCAUAAAUUGAUCUUAGAACAGCGCGUUUUAAAAGCAUUGGAAGAAAGUAAACAAGAAGCCACCGUUCCCAGAAGACGCGCUUCGAACUGUGAACACCUUACAGAAGGAUUGGAUCUGGAUGAACCCUCUCCUCCAGCAGAAGGUAACGACGACUCUGCCAGUGUUGGAGUAAAACUAAGAAAAGCGAACUUUGAAAACGCAGCUGCCAGGAAGGAUUCCAAUGAGGAGUUGCGAAAGAAGCGAUAUUCGCUCAAUCUUGACCAGUUUCGUCAGCCAAUCACCUCGUCUACGGACGCUUCCGUGAAAAGUAAGCAUCCGGGAUCUGUUGGUAAGAAAUACGCUGAUGACGUAUUCGAUAAGGGAACGCGGGCGCAGAUAGAAAGAGAGGAAGAACUGUUGCGGCGAGUUGGAUGGAAAGCUCCUUCGAAUGAAGGCAAACUUACUAAAGCGAAAAGUGUUGGAGAUUUGUCAAUGAAAAAGGGACAAAACGAGGAUAAAAAAGCGGUCCCUGUUGUCCUACGAAGGGUUUCUUUUGUUAAAGAUGAUACCGACAGCGCGGAUGGUAUCCCUACAUUUUCUGAUUCGAGGAUACAGAGAGAGCUGGAGGAACAGCGCAUGCGUGAAGAAAUUGUAAAGAAAGAGACAUCAGAAGCAGAGAAAAGGCAUCGACUCGAAGAAGGGAAAAAGAAAGUUGUCGAAGUAGCCAGUGAUAAGAAAGAUUUGAGCUUAAAGGAUAUCAAGAGAAAUCCACUCCCAAACAAAAUACAGGUGAGAAACUCGAAACACGUCCUGUGUGAUUAUAGAUAAGAGAUAAAGCUGGGGUUUCUUUAACAUUGUCCAUAAGCGGCUGCCGAUGGCGUAAUAGGCGGCUGUACCUUAACCCUUCACACCCUAACAUCAGUAUGCAUAUUCUCCAUACUGUUCUUUAUACAUUUCCUAAGCUGCUGUCAAGGAGAAUUUGUUUACCCAUCAAAUGCUUCUCUCGUUGGUGAUCAUUUCCUUUAUUCUCAUGGCCUUAAUGUGUGAUUCAGGGGCGAUAUUGUGGGAAGAAAUGAGAUGCUAGUCACUCUUAGGGUUUAUAGGGUUAAGGCGAAAUUGCCACACGAGAGCUUGCUCGGAGGCUAUACAGACGGCAGUGAUGGGUUACCAGCGGUAACUGGCUUUUUUUCGAAAGCACUGGUAAGGGCCAUCCGAUGUCAGUGUUAUUCGUUCUUAAACUCUGUUUUUUUAUCGUCUUCUAACAGGUUAAAAAACCAACAAACCGAGACUCCCUGACUCACUCCAUGGCAACGCAUUGGGAGAAUAUGUUACAGUCGCAAGAAGGAAACGAAGCAGUGUAAGUACCGCGAAGUGUUCUUUUCUUGCGCUUUUUUUAUGGCGAGGCUCCAAUUUAAGCCAGGCUGCUUUUGUUCCACUGAAACUGGUUUGGCCUCGGGCCAUUCUGUUCCGCGCUCUCAAAACGCGCUGCUGCAAAAUACAGUUAUGCGUAAUUAAACUCCUUGUCGCUUUGGCCGGGAUUUGUUACAGCAAUCCACCACUCAUUUUUAACUCACUCCAUCUCUCCUUCCUUCCAUUCUUUAUAACGUUCUGCUUUUCUCUUUUGCGUCUCAGCAACAAAAAGGAAGUAAGGAAAAGCAGGAUCGAGGUAAGGAAUUGUCAGCUCUUGUGUAAAAAAAAAAACAACAACAGAGAUUUGGACAUGCAUGUGCUCUUUUCCUAGAAACGUGUAUUUUCCAAUCUUCAUAUUAUUCAUAAGAUUGCACAGGGCGAAAAAUAAAACAUUCAGAAGAAUAAGAAGCUUCCGAGAAAGACUUGGUUCUUCAUUCCCUGAGCACUAGCGUUUGCUUCCAAAAAUCAAGUGAGAGUUGCCCCUUUAAUCUUUUCACUGUGCAAUGAGAUGCAGGUUCUGUUGUUAACACUUGCUGUUCUCUGCUAUUGAUCAAGCUGGAUGCACCAGCACAGAGCAAGUUCUCAGUUUUAACAAAUGAUAUUGUUGAAUGAUGAAACCUUUUUGUGGCAGAUGGAAAGAGAAGAAGAAAGACGAAGAGAGGAUGAAUUACAGAAAGAAAGAGAAAGAGUCAAGUUAGAAAUAAAACAGAAAGAGGAAGCCAAUAAAUCCGAGCAGCAGGUCGGUUAAGGAAAUUUCACUCAGUUCAAUAUUUUCUGUUGUCUUUUUGUGUAAUCAUCUGAUGGUUCUGCAGUAACUCAGUUAUUAUGAGUAGACAAAAAAUGUUCUAUCAGCCUCUUAGUAGCUUUCUCCUUGUGAGAUGGGUCUUGACACGAAGCACUUACUCCUCCAAACUGACACCAGUUUUCAAUUUUCUGAUUUGAGUGGAUAUUCCGCCAGACUUUUCGUGGGAUGCCUUUUGUUUGGAAAAAGAAAAAACAGAGGAAAAUAAAUAAUUAAAAGAUAAUAAAAUAUCCUAUUGGCUGUAGAUGAAAGAGUUACACGGAAGGCAGAGAUGAAAAUUUAAAUAGAAAAUCGGCUUUGUUUGGUGGUGUAAAGUAUAUCAAUUUUUCGCUUUUCUCUUCGUGAUCUUCAGCGGAAAAUGGAGGAAGAAAUGGAGAAAAAGAGGAAAGCAAAAGAGGAAAAGGUCGGUAUUUCUUCAACCAAGUUGAGCUGUUUUGAGGAAAUUAAGACUUAAAAUGUAACGAUGGUUUGCGCAUUGGACUCAAGACCGAGCAGUUCGGGUUCAAUCCCUCGCGGCAAGGGUUGCUUUAUUGUAUUUUUGUACUGAUUUUCUCUCCAUUCUCUGGAAGCAAACAUUAAUAGGUGCUGCUGAAUUGUUCGUUUGCAUGUCAGUUGUUAUUCUCUGGUAUACUGUUCAAAGUAAUUAAAGUGACGCGCUUAAGCCCAGUUCACCAGGCCUGGGUCAUUGAGGUGUAUUUAUCUCAGUGUGAAUACAUAAAUGGCUAAGGGUGAAGUGUCCUCUGAAAUGGAAAAAGCUGUUUUCUGGGUUCAGUUCCGUGGAAUGCUGUUUAAAAGCCAUAUAAGUGACCUGUUCUGAUUCAAAAUUUUUGGUAACGUUAUCGUAACUCGCGUCUUUUUUGCUCUCUAGGAAAAGCGUCAACAGCGGACUUCUGCGAUGAAAUCAAUGUUCGAGAAAAUGGGUGGGAAGAAGUAACCAGAUUCAAAAGUCCUUUCCUUAUAUAGUGUAAUCUCACUUUACUGUCAUCUGUGUGGUGUGAUAUCAGCUCAGUCUGCCCAAUCUAACGCUCGCACUGGUUCGGGUGUGGUUUCGCCACUUGUGUUCAAGAUGAAACAACGGCGUUUAGACAGUCCCACUUCAUAGGUGACCCAUCAUUUUUUGACUUCGUAAAAUUUGACGUCAUUAAGCGACGUAACGUCAACUCUACUUAGUAACCAGGCGUCAUUAUCCUAAUGAUAGUUGCCUGAUGUUCUUAAAAUUUAAAGAGGCCGUCACACAGGUAACUUGUGGCUGCAUUUUUGUGGUGAGACCAUAACCUUACAUUAUUUCAACUGUGUUUAAGUUCGUUAAGGGGAAUUUCUUCGUUGUUUACUCAGUAAAUCCUGCUUGAUACAUUUUGUAUCUGUUCAAAUUUGUAUCUAAUCAAAAUAAAUAUUUAGUAUAGCUUGGUAUGUUGACCUUUUUAAAGCGGUUAAUUUUUAUGCAAUUUUUUUUUCAAAAUGACAUGCUAACCCUUUGAGUCCUGUUUAAUUUAGUGGAGUAUUUAUAACACGUAUUUAAGUUGUAUUUAAUUUUUGUUAACUACUAAUUUUUGUAACUGCGAAAUUACUUUUCUGAUGAAUCUUCGCAGGAUGUGACCAACUGUUUCUCUUUACAGACGUCUUAGAAUACUAAUACUUUCACUUAUCGCUGAAAGUUUAAUACGCAUGCAUCUUACCUAUGGCAGUUUAACUCUUGAAAUCCUAUGAGUGACCAGAAUCUAAUUUCUCCUCACGAUAAUACCGCUGAUCAUUAAUUAUGAUCCUGAGAGUAAAGGGACUCGAAAAUGAUCGUCAGCGUAAGAGGCUUUGAUUACUAAACAAAUUCUCCUUGUUAGUAACAAAGGAAACGUAUGGAAAAGAGUAUAGGGAAUUUUGAUACUGAUGUAAAGGUGAAGGGGUUAAAGGUCGCUUAUCUUGUCUUCGACCGUUUGAAACGUGUCUAUCCUUUCUUUUUUUAAUCUUAAAAUGUUUCUUCCUGUCAUAAGACGUUUCGUUUGGAAAUGGCUAUGACUCAUUUUAUUGUAGAAUUCGUAACGCAAUUUAUACAUACAGAAUGAGGUUAUUCGUCAGCAUCAUGAUAGUUAAGUAUUUGAUAAAUACCAAAGUUUCUAUAUAUUGGCAGAUUUUUGUAACUGCAACGCAAGAUGUUCCAAUAUUGACAUAUCCGGGGGAUUAUGAACCGAUAAAAUGCUGUAGUAUAAAAAAUUUUCUAAUAACCUUUACCCCAAGGGUAAAAUGGGUAGUUAUUUUUGUAUAGUUGGAAAAACAUAUAAAUUUCUAUACUUUAAAUAGAUAUUAGUUUAGUGUUGGUAUGGCUAUUUCAUUUAGUCCGAGGCUUGUAUGUGAUUGUUAUUGUAGUAAAUUGAAGCAAUGAAUUCCUUCUUUUGUUCUUUUUUUUCUUUUAUGUUUGUGUUUUACCAUGGGAGGCAUUUUCUCUUCCUUGGAACUUGCAAGUUGGAUCAAAUUUUGUGGGAAAAUUCGUGAAAAAAAUUUCUUCUAAAACCUCCAAGGUUUUAAUUUCCUAUUCACUCUCCUUUACAAUGUUGAAUAUCGCUGAAGUGCAAAUGAAGUAUAUUUCACUUUAAACUGUCCAUCCAACAUCUCAUGGUUUUGGCCGGAAGGAGUAGAAAUCACAAGAAGAAGCAAAAUUCACCGACCCCUAUGAUCAAAGUUGUGUCAAAUUGUGUACGGUGUAGUUGUGAAAGUUUUCCCAAAGUCAGAUAAACGUUCUCCUCUUCACGACGAUUCGGGAUGGAUUUGAACUCUAGCGAAUGAAAGGGCGAAACAGAUUCCAAUCUGGCACAGACGUUGUUUUUGCUCCUUAAUUUUUUCACAAGAAUCUAGUGAAGAGGACUAAUCAAGGCGGUCAUUAAGAAGCGAUUAACAUAUAGCGUCUUAUAAUUUCAACAGAUCACCCAGCAAAUAGCUCAACACAAGAACACAAACCUUUAAGUGUGGGGUGUUAUCGUCAUAAAACGUAAAACUUUCCCUUCUUUUUACGCCAAAAAUGUCUAGGGGCAAGAAGGGAGAAUGACAAGUCAGAUCUCUGGAAUUGCAGUGUUGUGGUAACUGGAAACUUUUCAAAUGGGCAACUGCAGGUUAUUCUAUUCAUUAGUGGCAG